AUGGCUCCCUCUCCACCCACCAUUGUCCACCUCCCCAACGGCCAGUCUCUGAGCGUCUCUCCCGUCUUCGGCGGCCUCUCCUUCAAGGCCAACGACUUACAUACCCCUCACAACGUCUUCCCUCCCGGCUGGACCAUCAUCAUCAACAGCGAAGAUGACGAGGAAGACGACAAUGACAAUGAUGAUUCCUCCUCGGAGCGCAAGAACCACAUCCACCGCUACAAGACUCCUACCCUUCGCAACGACCACCUGUUCAUCUCCUCCAUCUCCAAUCCCUCCUCCGCCGACUUUCGCGCUCCAACAUCACCAACUCGUCAAAUCGCCAUGAUGCUCUGGGCCACGCUGUACUGGUACUUCCAUCAACCUGCUCCCUCUCCCCAUCUCACCACCCCAGCGUCCUCCUCCACUCCCCUCGAAGGUCGUCCCAAGGGAGAGUGGCGCAUCAACAUCAACCGCGAAGGCAUUUUCAAAGGUCGUCAACUCAUCCCCAAACUCGAGCGCAUGGGUCUUAUCGCCUCCGAAGACUCUUCUGUUGGUCUCGAUCCAGACGACGGCGUGACAAAUGCCCACGAAGGUUGGACGAAAAUGUUCGUCUCCCGCCGUGCAUUCUGGCAGAUGGAUCCGCGCAUCUACCUCUUCACCCUGACACCCAUGCAUCCGAACUCGCCAUUUCCCGCUCUCAGUCCUGCAGGUUCCCGCCCGUCAUCGCCCUCCCGCGGCGGCCCUCGCGAUGAAGACCGCCACUCUCACUCUCAAACUCGCAACCUGACCUCAAACUCCCGCUCCGCCACCCCACCUCCUGGACCAUUCCACUCCACCUCGCAUCUUCCCACAUACUACCCACCGCCUCCACUCCAAUACACAUUCACCAACAACACCCGGCACCCUCUGCGUCCCAAACCUUUCCGCCAAGGCGAAACAAUCUACACUCGCUACAUCCCCUCUUUGGAUCAAUACCUUUCCUUCCGCGUCGCCUCCCUUUCGAAACGUCCCGUGCCCUACGCCGGACCAUAUUCUCACUCCCACUCCGCAGCGGGAGGAGCAUCGUCAACAUCCGACGCCAGUCUGCAAUCGGGACGGGACAUUCUCCGCUCCACCUCUCAAGAAGGCAAAUCUCAGUCUACUGGUCCUGCGACGUUGAGCGAUGUGGAGUAUCUGCACCAAUGGCACAACGACGAGCGAGUGGCGCAUAGCUGGGGCGAGACUGGUCCUGCAUCGCAUCAGGAAGAGUUUCUCCGCGGCGGUUUGCAGAGUCGACAUUCGAUCCCCUUGAUCGGACUUUGGGACGGAAAGCCGUUUGGCUACUUUGAGAUGUACUGGGUGAAAGAGGAUCGGCUGGGAGGGUAUCUGGGCGGUGAUGUGGGAGACUUUGAUCGCGGCCUGCACGUUUUGGUAGGGGAGACCGAGUUCCGCGGUGCGCAUCGGGUGAAGGUGUGGAUUGAUGCGCUGGUGCAUGCUUGCUGGCUGGCGGAUAGCCGAACGGAGGUCGUGGUGUUGGAGCCGAGGGUGGAUAAUUUGAAGUUGAAAACAUAUCUCGAAGAGAGAGGCUUUUAUAAGGAGAGGGAGAUUACAUUUCCGCAUAAACAGAGUAAUCUGAUGAAGAUCCGACGGGAUGGAUGGGAGGGGCCGGCGAUUUGA